UGCUGUGCAAGUCCAGCUCUAUUGAGGUGAGCAUUCCAAAGGACCUGGUUGGAGGCCUGGACCUUUCCCUCAUCAACAAUUCCUGCAAAGGAGUAUCCAACGGCACUCACGUCAACAUCCAUUUCUCCUUGAAGUCCUGCGGCACUGUUGUAGAUGUAAUAAAUGAUAAAAUCAUUGCCACCAACCUGGUGACCGGUUUGCCAAAGCAGACUCCAGGAAGCAAUGGAGACAUCAUUGUCCGCACCAGCAAGCUCCUGAUUCCGGUGACCUGCGAGUUCCCACGCCGCUACACGAUCUCUGAAGGUUAUGUGCCCAAUCUCAAAAACUCUCCCUUGGAAAUCAUGAGCCGCAACCAGGGCAUCUUUCCCUUCACUCUUGAGAUCUUCAAAGACAAAGACUUUGAUGAACCCUACAGGGGUGCCCUUCCCACCCUAAAGCUUCGAGACUCUCUGUACUUUGGGAUUGAACCCUUGGUACAUGUCAGUGGACUAGAGACACUGGUAGAGAGUUGUUUUGCCACUCCCACCUCAAAAAUCGAUGAGAUCUUGAAGUACUACCUGAUUCAAGAUGGCUGCGUUUCUGAUGAUUCGGUGAAGCAGUACACGUCAAAGGACCACCUUGCCAAGCAUUUCCAGGUUCCUGUGUUCAAGUUUGUGGGCAAAGACAACAAGGAGGUGUUCCUGCAUUGCCGUAUCCUCGUGUGCGGGGCACUGGAUGAGAGCUCUCGCUGCGCCCAGGGCUGCCGGAGACGGGUGCGCAGGUCGGCUGCGACGCAGGAGGAGGAUGAGGAGGAAUCUGGUCACGUGGCAAACCACAUCCUGACAGGUGGCCCCAUCAGAAUUGACUUUGAUGACUAA